GCGCGGGCGCGGGGACGCGCGGUGACCGUUGGCGCUUAGGGGAGGAGGUAGCAGCCGCCGCCGCCACCGCCGCCGUUGCGCAGAUCCGGGCCGCGGCUGUGGAGAGGGCGACGGGCGGGUGACCUUCCGGAGGCGGGAGCGAGCUAGGAGGCCCGGGGACGCCGAGCGCCGCCACCGCCGCCAUGAAUAACUCGGGCGCCGACGAGAUCGGGAAGCUCUUCGUGGGUGGUCUGGAUUGGAGCACGACCCAAGAGACGCUGCGCAGCUACUUUUCCCAAUAUGGAGAAGUUGUGGACUGUGUUAUUAUGAAGGACAAAACCACCAACCAGUCACGAGGUUUUGGCUUUGUGAAAUUCAAAGACCCAAACUGUGUGGGGACGGUGCUGGCCAGCAGACCACACACCCUGGAUGGUCGGAAUAUCGACCCAAAGCCAUGCACACCCCGGGGGAUGCAGCCGGAAAGGACACGGCCCAAGGAAGGCUGGCAGAAAGGACCCAGGAGCGAUAACAGUAAAUCAAAUAAAAUAUUUGUCGGUGGAAUUCCUCACAACUGUGGUGAGACAGAGCUCAGGGAGUACUUCAAGAAAUUUGGAGUGGUCACAGAGGUGGUGAUGAUCUAUGAUGCCGAGAAGCAGAGGCCUCGAGGUUUUGGAUUUAUUACUUUCGAGGACGAACAAUCAGUGGACCAGGCUGUCAACAUGCAUUUUCACGACAUCAUGGGCAAAAAAGUGGAAGUGAAGCGGGCAGAGCCUCGUGACAGCAAGAGCCAGACACCAGGCCAGCCGGGGGCUAGCCAGUGGGGCAGCAGGAUCGUGCCUAACGCUGCCAAUGGCUGGGCUGGCCAGCCCCCGCCCACGUGGCAACAAGGAUACGGCCCUCAAGGAAUGUGGGUACCAGCAGGACAGGCAAUCGGUGGCUAUGGGCCGCCCCCUGCAGGCAGAGGAGCCCCCCCGCCGCCCCCACCAUUCACUUCCUACAUCGUGUCUACACCCUCUGGAGGUUUCCCCCCACCGCAGGGCUUUCCCCAGGGCUACGGUGCCCCUCCUCAGUUCAGCUUUGGCUAUGGGCCUCCGCCUCCGCCACCUGACCAGUUUGCCCCUCCUGGGGUCCCUCCUCCACCAGCCACUCCGGGAGCAGCACCGCUGGCCUUCCCUCCACCUCCGUCACAGGCUGCCCCGGACAUGAGCAAGCCCCCAACGGCACAGCCCGAAUUCCCCUACAGUCAGUAUGCAGGUUAUGGACAGGACUUGAGUGGCUUCGGACAGGGUUUCUCAGACCCCAGCCAGCAGCCCCCCUCCUAUGGAGGACCCUCAGUGCCAGGAUCGGGGGGCCCUCCUGCUGGCGGAAGUGGCUUUGGCCGAGGUCAGAAUCACAACGUGCAAGGCUUCCACCCGUACCGACGUUAGCCGGCCCGGCGGGCCCAGCCAAGACCGAGGACUCCCGACCUGUGAGCUGGCGACAAUCACUGUAGCUGACAGAGAGGCGGGCAGCGGGCAGCUUCUGGAGGCCAGGCUGUGGGUGUGCGGACUGAGAUUUUAAAUAGCUUUCUUUCUCUAACCCAUCAGCACAAUAAAAAAAUAGUCACUGGUUCAAACAACAGGGUUU